GCUCUGGAUAAGAGCGUCUGCUAAAUGAGUAAAUGUAAAAUGUAUCUGUACAUCCCCAAUUAUAGUUUCUGACGUAGUCAAUCCUUGGUAAUAUUCUGAUGUUUUCGUAAGCUUUAUCCUCAAUUUAAACAUACAGGAUGCUCAUCCACACCCAAUCAAUAAGCCUAUGCAUAUAUGCAAUUUUAAUGUAAAUAUACUGUAAGUACUUUGGAACUACUUAUAUGUACCUCUGUACUGUGCAUAGUUGGAGAAUAAUCACAUUUAAUGACGCAUGUUCACUUCAAAACAAUAUUUAAAUCGACAACAAUCUCCUAACCCCCAAAAAUCUAGAAUAACUUGAUCUUCACAGUGGUACACUGUACAGUACGUAGUGUGUAUAUAAUAUAAAGUUUAAUUUUGAUUAACUGUGUCUUAUCUUAAUACCCCUCUUUUCACUGUGUACUUUCCAUCCUUGGGUAAAUGUCAAUUGGCCUACUUUGGCUUGGCACUGAGACCGAAGAAGGAUUGCCCAGUCCUAGCACAUGCCUGUGCAUCAUGCAAUUUACUGGCCAGCAAAACACGCUACCCAAGUGUGUCUAAACAGAAAACUUGUGUAUACUGUAUCAUUUUAUGGGUAUAUGUGUGUGUUAUCAUGUGAGGCCAAGAAUACGUGGGUAUGUGCAUGUGUUGGCAAAACACAAUUGUCCAGGGCUCAGUAUAAAAAACUGCUUAUACAAAACCCAUAUCAUACAUGGCUGCUUCCUUAGAAGUUAGAAUGUAUUUGCCUAUUGACUUGACUAAACCAAUAGCAACGCUUUUCCAUGGAGCUAAUGGGGUGGAUAUUAGAAAAAGGAUAUUAUCCACCUUUUGGGAUAUAUAAAUAUUUGUUUGUAAAAUGAUGGAUGGUUACAACAACCAUUGCUGUUUUCAACCACAUAGAUAUUUAAAUAUGUUGAGCAUUCAGGGUAGUUUAGCUUAUCUUGUUACCAUUUCCUGAACACCUUCCCAAUCAGCUGACCCUGAACACACUAACACAGCAUAACUUCGUUCAGAAAGUGGAGCACUUUCCUGUGAGUCUUUGCAAUGUUUAUGAGGGCAAAAAGCGACCGUAGAAAAUACCAUGCUCCGCAGUACUCAUGCUCAGGCACAUAUGCUCACAGUGAGUGAGAAUAUGUUUAGCUUCAAGGCACUUUUACUAUUGUAAUUAGUAAAGGGUGACACUGCACCCCCAGUACAUUUUUGUCCAAGUUAAGGUUAGGAUUUGGGUGGGGGAGGCCGAUUCCAAAAUUGUGCCUGAGGGUAUCUUCUAAUCCACCAGGAAGCGGUUUUACACUUGACAGGUGGAAUGACAAGGAGGAGGGAUUAGGCCACACAACAGCAGACAGUGCCAGGGAAUUACGGGAGGCCUGACAGGAGCAGUGUUAGGCAAGCAUGCAGCUCGUCUGGGCUGUUGGGUUUGUCCCUGGGGAGGAGCUGGAGAGGGGAGGAGCCAGAGUGGGUGGGAAUGAAGGAGGUCAUACAGGUGACUUCUUUUCAAAACACCCUCAGAAGGAAGUAACUGGAAAAUCAUGUUGAGUCGUACUGAGAACCAGUACAGUCUAGAUUGUGCUGUGUGUGUGCCUGCUGUAUGUGAAUGCGAUUCUGUUUGUAAGCGUGUUUGUAAUUGCAUGUGUGUGUGUUUGACACUUGCAUGCGUCUUUGUGCGUGGUUUAAAACAGUCCCACCAUGGCACUGAAGGAGAGACUUGCCUCCUGUUUUAACAGCGGUCCAUCUCACCUACCCCAGGCCUUCCCCUUUGGCUCUGCCGGCUGUCUCGGAAUGUUUCGGCGCAAGAAGAAGAGGAGGCCUGAGAUCUCGGCGCCACGGGAUUUCGAACACCGCGUCCACACGUCUUUCGACACGGCCAAGGGCUGCUUCGUGGGGCUGCCACCUCAGUGGCAGAGUGUCAUAGAAACCCUGAGAAGGCCCAAACCAGUGGUGGACCCCUCUCGGAUCACCAAUGUGGAGCUUCGGCCUAAGAAGACUAUGGUGCGGGGGAGUUUCAUCGGACAUGGAGACUACAUAGCUCAGGUCAUCGCUGAGAUGACCAAAGUUUCCGUCACCAGCUCCAACUCCCUCCGAAGGAGCAGUCCGUCGGCACGGAAACGAGCCCGAUCCAUGGGCCGCCUGGGCGAGCUCAUCGAGGGGGACACGUAUGAAUACCAGGGACUACAGACCCCCCAUAAAGCUGGAGGGAACUCUACCUGCUGGCAGGAUAGGGUAAGGCAGGUGCGCAGCGAAAGCGGCAGCCCCAAACUCGUCCCCAAGAAGAGCUCCACCCUGCAGCCCAAUGGGGUAAUGUCAAGGGCGAAAUCAUCGUACGAGAUGGAAAUAUCCUCAGUUGGUAAUCCAGCGCUACUACCACGGACAUCAAUCUCAACCACACCAAGAGAAGGCGGGACUACGGCUCAUCCGACUACGGACAGGCUGGGAAAACUGACAGGUCAAAAGGACAGGACAGCCAAUCAGAGACCAUCUUCCUGUGUCUAUAACUUGCAGACUGGUAAACAGACUGGGGCGAAUGUUAGGGCCAAGCCAGCUGUCAAUCAUAUGCCCGACCUGCUCUCCACAUCCAAGGAAAUGCCCAGAAGACCUCACUCAUCCUAUGACCUGAAGGUGAACUCCUUGGGCUUGUCUCCAAUGCCCCUACCCAAUGGCACCAGCAGCCCAAUAGCAGGUCGUGGACGAACAAACAGACCAUUGCGCCCCUCUUCCAGCUACACUAUUGGCCUGUCCCCCAUCAUUAACAUGGGCCAGGAUGCCUCCCAAUCCCUCCUACCCAAACAAGAUAGCCCUUCCCAGCCUAGGCCUUCACCCACAGGCUCCCCAGCCACCAGCCCUGUCGGAGGAUAUUCCCCCUCUCUCAGACCAGCCCAGCAGGCCAAACUCAGGCCCGGUCCGGAGCCGGAAACAGCCAAGGUGACCCACGAGCAGUUCAAGGCAGCCCUUCAGAUGGUGGUGGACAAAGGUGACCCGCGAAUCCUGCUGGAGAACUUUGUGAAGAUCGGAGAGGGCUCCACAGGGGUGGUCUGUAUCGCCCGGGAGAAGCACAGCGGGCGGCAGGUGGCAGUGAAGAUGAUGGAUCUCAGGAAGCAGCAGCGCAGGGAGCUGCUCUUUAAUGAGGUGGUCAUUAUGAGGGACUACCGUCACCAGAAUGUAGUGGAGAUGUACAGGAGUGCCCUGGUAGAGGAGGAGCUAUGGGUUAUCAUGGAGUACCUGCAGGGCGGUGCUCUGACCAACAUUGUUAGUGAAACCAGGUUAAAUGAAGAGCAGAUAGCCACUGUGUGUGAGGCUGUUCUGCAGGCCCUAGCCUAUCUGCACUCCCAAGGGGUCAUACACAGAGACAUCAAAAGUGACUCCAUAUUGCUGACGUUGGACGGAAGGAUCAAGCUAUCAGACUUUGGAUUCUGUGCACAGAUCAGCAAAGACAUCUCUAAGAGGAAGUCCCUGGUUGGAACCCCCUACUGGAUGGCCCCAGAGGUCAUCUCAAAGACGCCCUAUGGAACUGAGGUGGACGUGUGGUCCCUGGGCAUCAUGGUGGUGGAGAUGGUGGACGGAGAGCCUCCCUACUUCAGUGACACACCAGUGGCAGCUAUGAAGAGAUUGAGAGAUGAGCCGGCACCAACUGUCAAGAACACACAGAAGAUUUCUCCUGUGUUGAAGGACUUCCUGAACUGCAUGCUAACCAGGGACCCUAAGGAGCGUGCUAGUGCCAGCGACCUGCUGGAACACCCGUUUCUCCUGCAGAGCGGCUCGCCUCGGUGUUUGGUGCCCCUGGUGGAGCAGUACCGCAAACGCAUGUCUCGCAGCUGACCGGAUGGAGCCGACAACCUACCCAAUGACUUCUGAGCCUCUUUUAAGUCCCAUAGCCCAGUAAACAAGGAUUUAAGAGGAAGCACUUGGGGGGGGAGCCUUCUUUUCUUCACAUGGCUUCAUAGUACCUUAUGCUAAUUAUACGCUUUUUCCCCAUUACUCUAAUUCUCUCCUGUCUUCUCUUAAUUUCAUGAAUGUUCAUGUUUAUUCCACAUGUCUGCGGUGUUGUCAGAGGGCAGAUUGAUAACCAUUUAGUGACAUUGCACAUCUUAUUACAGUAUAUCCAAUCCACAUGCCUUUCCUUAUCUAAACUUUCCUGUAUCGCUCAUAACAUUUCUGUACCAGGCCCUUUGUAAAUAUGAAAAGUCUAUAUAUUUUUACAUUUUAGAGUUCUUCAUCAAAAGUAUAAUGCAAGUUUGCACAAUUUAACAUUGUGUUACUAUUAAAUGGCCAACAACAUGUAAUAACCUUUUGUAUGUAUGCAUAUUGUAAAUGUGAAUGUGAAUAAAUCAAAUGUUAUCAACA